AUGGAGAAACGCUGCCUCCUGCUUCGUCAGAUGGACAAAUCAUCUUUGACCUCUUUUGUCAGGCGAGUACUCACUGAUGCAAAUCAGAAGUUCCAGAACGUGCAGGUCGAUAAGAUGCAUCACAUCGGAGUGAUCGAUUUGUCGAAGUAUGGGCGCCUCACAGUGCCUGACAUAAAUGAAGCUGCUCAGUGGUCGCACAACAUCCUCUCACUCAAUGAGCAAUUCAGCAUGGUGCUGGUGGUCUGUCCUAUGUUGGCUGGUGAAGCCAUCUUGGGUGGAUUGCGUGGCGAGAACCGCCGGAUCGAGGAUAAGUUUGACCAGAUGGGGAUGGAAAUGAAACAGGUGGUGCUUGAGGAGACAGGUUCCUCUGGUGUAUCUGACAGUAGCCCGAUGACCCUCUAUGCUUUGUUGACUAUGCUGGAGAAGCGUGGUGUCUUAGAUGCAAAGCUCACCGGCCACAAAGUGGAGCGUCCACCAGAGGUGGUUCGUGGAGAAGCUUCAGAUUCCAUUACCAUCGCCCAUGAGGCUUUCAGUGUGUUCAGGCCAAACCCAGUGGCACAGGUGAAGCAGGUCAAGGCAAGCAAUAUUGCUGGAUUCAUUGGUUUGCGCGCGCUCACCAGCUCCAACUUCAUUACAUUGGCCUGGCGACCCUUAGCAUUAGAAACGAUUGGCUAUAUACCAAAAUUGUGUGAAUUCCUGUUUUCAAAUUGA